AUGUCCUCUUCCGGUACCGAGCCGUCGGUAUCUGAGGCUAACAAGCUAGAAGGUGACGAUGUUGUUGCUACCGAAGCUGUACCCUCAAAGAGUGAGGCGGCAGGGGUCGACGGUCGUAGUGCUGAGGAGGCUGGUGUUGCAGUUGGAGGAAAGGAGGAAGUGGAGCGGGCAGCCACUGAGAACGUUGGGGAGAAGAGGUCUCGUGUGGAGGGCGCUGUUGAAGACGAUUCUCCCAGUGAGGAACCUCCUACUAAGAAGGCCGCCGCGGGUGAUGGAGAGCAACAACCAUGCGAGACUGAAAUCAAGGCCGAUGCAUCGGGUGACGCUACUGAAGUGAAAACUAUCGCUACUCCCGAAGGUCCUACUGAAUCUGAUACUAGCUUUACGGAAGGGUCUGCCUCUGCUCCGACAACUAAUCCUGUUACCACCCACGCUGAACCCGUUGCUCGGCCGAUCGGACCAGCGCCUCCACAAGAUGGAGCCGACCUACACCACUGGGGAGCUGAUGCUGGACCGUUUCGGCACACGGUGAAUGUUCCACAGCACUGUGUGGCGCAGAUCAUCGGUAGGGGCGGGGCGAAUUUGAUGAGCACUCGCAACACGACUCGCUGUCAUAUCGAGUGUGAUCAGCAUACGAAGGACAACGGCUAUUCUCUCUUUCAUAUCGACGCCACUAGUGAGGAGGACCUUCAGCGAGGCGUACGGGCGAUCGAGCGUCAGACGAAACCCAUGCACCCACUUGAGGGGGAAGUACAGCAUGUCGUUGUUGUUCCUGACGAGCGUGUUGGCGAUAUCCUCGGGCCUCGAGGAUGCGUUGUGAAGGUGAUAUCGGAUCGCACAGGGUGCCGAAUUGACAUCCAGCAGCGUGGCCUUCAACGAGGAGAGCCCCGCGAGUGCCGUAUUGUUGGCUCACCCGAGGAGGUCCAGGCCGGAAUACAGAUGGUUGAAGGCAUUAGGGACGGCAGUGUUGAUGUCAAGGCGAUCAUCCAUGACUUUGAGCUCGCCAACCCGGCAUUUAGACGCGAGCAGGAAAUGCGUGCUGCUGCUGCUGCUGGUGGUGGAUGGAUGACUCCUGGUAAGGGCGGUGGCAACAAUAUGUGGGAGACUCCGUAUGGCAUGAGAGGUCCUAUGCCUCAGCAGGCUUCUUCUUAUGGGGUGCCUGGUAUGGUCAAUCAAUGGUCUCAUCUGUUGCCUGCGACUGGGCCGAUGGACAGGGCUGUUGUUGAUGUCCCCUCCGAUUGCGCUGGCCUUGUUAUCGGUCGUGGAGGGGAGAGCAUCAAGGCCUUGCAAGCUGACUGUAGCUUGUCGGAGUGUCAGAUUGAGAAAGGUGUGGAGCAGCGGACACCUCGGAAGAUGACUUUGCAGGGGCCGGCGACGGGAGUUCAGGCCGCGAUAAUGCAACUAUCGAUGAAAACCAAUGGGAGGAUCGUCACUAUAGUGCAACAGCAGUUCCCAAAUUACCAACCACAACAACAGCAACAAGGGCCUAUGAUGACGAUGCAACAACAACAACAACAACCGCAGCAGCAGGGUUAUACCGGAAUGCCUCCAUCACGAGAAGGCUAUGGCAUGCCAGGUGGGAUGAUGAUGAUGCAGGGUGGCGGUAGCGGGGGAAUGGACCCGAUGGCAGCUCAAUACUAUUCCCAAUGGAGCGCAUAUCAACAGCAGCAGCAACAGAUGAAUGUGAACAACCAGCAGAAUGCCGCGGCUUGGAGGAACUACUACGCUCAAAUGGGCAAUCCUCAGACACCCCCGUAUCGAGGUGGUGGCCGACAGUAA